GAGUCUAUUGUCUAUACGCAAAAGUAUUAAUAUUUUAAUUUGCAACCCAGUUACUAUGAGUGGUCGUGUCAGACGGAUGCUUCGGGCGAGCAUUUUCGCGUAAACUAAUUGAUUUCUUCUAAUUAAAUUAUAGUGAAUCAUUGUGUAAGCAAUGCAAGUGUGAUGUGAGCCAUGCGAUUUAAUAUUGUGCAAAUAUACAACGGAAAGACUUCAAAAUAGGGGAUGUAACAGAAAAAUAAAAAUGGCUUCAGGAGAUACUGAUCAUAUAGAAGUGAUGGAAUCUUCGGCUACUAAAAAGUCUGAUAUCGCAACUGGACCUUCGGGCGCGGAAGAAGAUGAUCGAGACAAGAGCUCAAUCGCUGAGAAAAAUGUACCGUACGAUCCUGCUGUUGGCCCCUCGGGGGCAAUCAGCAAGGUCCACAAAUCAGACAGAAAGAUCGGACAUCGUCGAGUCGGCGAGGGUGGCGAGAUCACCUACAAAAAGAUCCAGUCUUCCCAAAUCAUGGGAUCUAUACAGCUUGGAAUCCAGCAUGCGAUCGGCGGGCUAGCUUCCAAACCUGAACGAGAUCUCCUCAUGCAAGACUUUAUGACAGUGGAAACAACAAAUUUUCCUCACGAAGGUUCAAACCAUACGCCAGCCCAUCAUUACUCGGAGUUCAAAUUCAAGACUUAUGCCCCAAUAGCCUUCAGAUACUUUCGCGACCUCUUCGGCAUUCAACCUGAUGAUUUCUUAAUGUCGAUGUGCAGUGCCCCGUUACGCGAGCUCAGUAACCCUGGAGCGUCCGGCAGCAUCUUCUACCUAACCAACGAUGACGAGUUCAUCAUCAAGACUGUUCAACACAAAGAGGGAGAGUUUCUUCAGAAACUAUUGCCUGGAUACUACUUAAACUUGGAUCAGAAUCCACGUACAUUACUGCCAAAAUUCUUCGGCUUGUAUUGUUACCAAUGUAACAGCAAGAACGUACGACUGGUAGCGAUGAACAACUUACUCCCAUCGUCCAUCAAACUCCACCAGAAAUAUGACUUGAAAGGAUCCACUUAUAAACGGAAGGCGAACAAAAGUGAACGUCAGAAGACAUCGCCCACAUACAAGGACCUAGAUUUCAUGGAACACCACACUGAGGGUCUGUUCUUAGAAGCGGACACGUACAACGCCCUCAUUAAGACCAUGCAGCGGGACUGCAGGGUGCUCGAGAGUUUUAAGAUCAUGGAUUAUUCCCUCCUAGUCGGCAUACACAACUUGGAUGAAGCUCAAAGGGAAAAGACGGAAGCUAGGAAACGCACCGACUCUGGCCAGAGUGACGGUGAUGACGCUGAGGGAGAACCACGGAAAGGACUUAAUAGAACAAGGUCGAUAAACCGACAGCGGUUGGUGGCUCACUCCACAGCGAUGGAGAGCAUACAGGCUGAGAGCGAGCCCAUUGAUGAAGAGGAAGAUGUGCCUCCUGGCGGUAUUCCGGCUCGGAACGCGCGCGGCGAGCGACUCCUCUUGUUCCUGGGUAUCAUUGACAUCCUCCAGUCUUACCGGCUCCGUAAGAAACUCGAACACACGUGGAAGAGCAUGAUACAUGACGGGGACACCGUCUCAGUACACAGACCGAGUUUCUACGCGCAGAGGUUCUUAGAUUUCAUGGCUAAAACCGUUUUCAAGAAAAUACCUUCGUCCCUGAAGCACUCGCCUUCGAAACGGAAAAGCAUCGCCAAACCGGCUAGGCCACAAGAAGAGAUUGACACGCCAGGACGUAUCUACAUCGGCAGACCGAUUAAAGAUUACAACCCUGACCUCUUAAGGCAGUCGAGACUGUCGCCUAGGUCUUCUGUUAGAUCGAGCAUGAGCGAUUUUACCGACACCACCAUAUCCACGUGGAAUCAGAGGCAUUCUAGCAUACAGCCGCCGACAGAGUACCCAUCAGUCCUCUCAGACAGACUGAAAAUGGACCGAGAUAGGCUAGUGACCUUCCCCAGACGAAUAGAGUUCGACACAUCGAACAUAUCUCGAGAACCAGGCACGUCCUACGGGAAUAACGUGUACAGAGCAUCCAUUCAGGACAGAAUGGAAACGUUAUCAGAUCAGUUAACCAAAGUUUUAAGCACCGGAGCUGGGAGCUCGCAUAUCAACGGUAGCCUCGCCGACAGCGGCAUUCAGACAGACAAUACAAGCACAAGCGUCCCACAAAUAUACGUCGAAGCUCAGACGAACUACCCGCAGAAGAAGGACGCAGCAGUUGACACGAGAAACGAAAACAACCUACAGGACAUACCCUUCAUAGAUGACGAGGACGAAGAAUCGAAAUGGAAACGACGCUCGAAUAUUCUAGAAAAACAUAAAAGCACUUCAAACAUUCCAGAGAGAAUCGACGAGGUUUCUUCCAAAGAACAAUCAAACGAAAGACUAACGAACAGCCUCAACAGAGCGAAAUCGCCGACUUUCGUUGAGAAAUUCAAGAAAUUCUUCGUCGAUAUUGGUUUAGUCAAAACUGAUAGCACUUUGGCUGCAGAAAACUCGAACACGUUACCUAAAAGCUUGGGUUCGAGUUACAGAAAGAGUACGACGCCUAGUCUAGAGGCUAGAGAAACAGCGACUUUACCAAAGGACAUGCGUUUCCGUAAAGUACGGUCAACGCAAACAGUCUACAUCAAACCAGAAUCUCCAGUGAUGUCUGAGAAAAACCUACAGAUAUCGAAACAUGUGUCAGUUGUACAACUGAACGGCGAUGAACAUAUGAAUUUGAAAGAAGAAUCUGAAACCUUCGUAAAAGAAGUUGUGUAUGUGAGAAGUAUAGAAAAAGCUCAAAUUUAUUCCGGCAAAGAUAGUGGAAGCACCAUUAUAUUUGUACCGCCAGCCGAUUGAAUAACUCUCAUCGAAAUAAUGGUAUCACAAAAGUAUAUCGAUAGAUUCAGACCCGAUCUAUCGAUUCUGUAAUCGAUAUAAAUUGUAGUGUACAUAUAUUGGGAGUUGUCGAUAAAAUACUGUUCUUAAGUUAUUACUUUGCGAUCUAUCGAUGUAGUGAGAGGAUUGUUAUCGAUUCUGUUAAAAGACUUAGUUUAUAUUUUUAGUACAUAACAGUCUUUUUGACGGUAGUAAAAUUUAUUCAACGACUUGGCUAAUAUUUUCAAAAAAAUAAUUAAUAUUGAUAAAGUGACUCGUGCCUAUUAGAACCUAAUUUAACAUUGGCAACAAAUUUUAAAUGUCAAUUAUGAAAUGUGAUUAUAUAUGGUAUAUAAACGUCCUCAAUUAUUAUUAUUAUUAUUGCUUAU